AUGAUGCCAAUUGCCAACGCGACGGUGAAUCACACCGCGACGAUCGACAGCAGUACCGUGGUCACCCAAAUUUUUUACACUAUCUUCCAGAUGAUCAACCUCUUCAUGACGGCCCCUUCUCUGUGUUUAUUUCUUUCUAUCACCGUUACGAUUUUCACCGAAAUGAAGCUAAGGGAGAACUCGCGCUACAUUCUCUUCGCCAAUCUCAUUGCGUGCGACACCUUCUUCCUGCUUUCCUCCACCAUCAUGUCUACUUUAAUUUGGCUACAAACAAAUUUAAGUUUGACGUCAUGCAACGUGCACACUAUGAUCAGCACAAUUCUGAACCAGAGUGGGGUUUUGUGCGUCACACUCAUGUCCGUGGAGCGAUACGUGGCCAUUUGCCACCCCUUCCAUCACCCCCGCUGGUUCAGCCACCGCAAAACGCUUCAGUUCUUGGCCGUAAUUUGGUCCGUCGCUUCAGUGUUCCCGCUGGCGUGCGGCACUCUGGUCUUCACAAGCGGCGUGACUGUGAACAACACUCGGACUUGUUCUUCAUAUCUCACCGACAGCCUGAUGCCCAACCCCAUGGCAAUCGCCGUGCUCAGAGAAUUCCCAAACGCCGUAAUUUUCACAGUCUGCAUCAUUGCGUUGAUCUUCACUUACUUCAAUAUAAUGAUGGCCGCUAGAAAGGCGUCCGAUGAUGCGUCUAAGGCGAAACGAGCCAAGCAAACUGUGAUAUUACACGGCCUACAGUUGUUUCUGUAUCUGUGUUCACUUGGUAACAGAUUAUUUGAAACCCUUUUCGCUAUAAUCACAACAGAUUAUAAUGUGGUGAUAAUUUUAAGGUUAUGUAAUUUUUUAUUUCUUUAUUAUAGCUCAAGGUUUGUUGUUCCCUUAAUUUAUGGAAUACGUGACAAAAAACUUAGGCAGUGUCUUAGGAAGAAGAUCACCUGUCACUACAAUAGGGUGACUGCAUUUUAA